CGCAACGGAGUGCUUUCAACCAAUUCCCGCCUACAUCUUGCACAUACUGAAAAGAUGCAGGUGUCACAGUACUUCGGUAUCGCUGCAGUCGUCGUCCUCUUCGUUUAUAUCAUCGCCAAGAUAUUUCAAGGAAAAGAAAAGAGGCGAUCUGCAAGGCCUGGAACGGUAGUUCUACACCAGUUUCCUCCUUCCGAGCUCUGUGUUUCGGGGGGCUCUCCGCCAUGUUUGAAGUUGGAAACUUUCCUCCGCAUGACAAAGAUCCCGUACGAAAAUGAAUACAGUUUUAAAUUCUCCAAAAAAGGCAAAAUGCCGUGGAUUGAGUUCAACGGGCGCGACACAGCAGACUCUAAUUUUUGUAUUCGGUUCCUGACGAAAGAGUUCAAAAUUGACAUCGAUUCUCACUUGAAUUCCGAUCAAAAAGCUAUCGCGCACUCUGUUCGAACUAUGUUGGAGGAAAAUACCUACUGGGCCCUUGUGCACUAUCGAUUCUUUACUCCCAGCUAUGCUGAGAAAGAUCGCGAGAUAUUGUUUGGUCAUCUUAUCAUGCCGAUCAAGUAUCUUUUAUACUAUAUGAUCCAGCGAAGGGUCAAGAGGGAUUUAUGGUCGCACGGAAUGGGUCGACACUCGGAGCAGGAGCUCUAUGGAAUAGCAGAAAGGGAUCUUCUUGCUGUGUCAGAAAUUUUGGGGCAGAAGAAGUUCCUGUUUGGUGAAAAACCUUGCCUUGCUGACGCUGCAGUAUUCGCUUUUGUCUGUGGAGCAACCUGGGAUUGUCCACAAAGUCCUUUUGCCGAGCUCACGGCCAAGGCUAAAGCUCAGAAUCUUCAGAGACACGCUCAGCGAAUGAAGGAGCUGUAUUUUCCAGACUGGGAUGAUAUCAUUUCAAAGAAACCUAAGUCUGCCUGAAGCUAGAAGUUUCCGUAAUCUCACGACCUUCUUAGUUACGUUUUAUGAUACAUUCCCGUGCCUUCUUCGCUUUGUUUUUCUGUUUUCGAUACCGUAAAGAAACAAUAUUGAGAGUAAUCUUGAAUACUAACCUACUACGGCAUUCGUCUCUUUUU